UAAGCCACAAAACAAAAAUACAGAAAAAGAACCUCAAAAAACGAGAUAGAAGAUUUAUCACACAUGUGGAUGUUUAAUUAGACAUGAAAAUAUUAUUUUCAGUAUGAUGUAUGCCUCUAGUGUAUAUUUUAAUGCACCAUUUGAAGCUUUUUGUAUGUCUUGUAGAACAUGUAGAACCGAAUCUAACCUCUAAGUAGGCGUAAGCCCACGCCCAACAAGCGGAAACGAAUUUCGUGUUGAAUGUGGGCAAAGAGUAACAUGAGAGGAGACCUUUCCGAAGACAGAAUUUUCUUGUCGCUCACGUGUUUUGGUUGUGUAGUGAACAUAGUUUCCUAUAUUUUGUGAACAUAUUUAUUAAAUUAUUAACAAAAAUGAUCGUGUCAACGAACGAAGGCAAUCCGAACGCUCUGAAACUCGUUCUCGCUGCUAAAUUAGCGCUGAAACCUGUCACUGUGAAAAUAGUUGCUUUGAACGAGAGUACCUUAGGACGGUUACCCGUUAUAGAGAUAGCACCAGGGCUUGAACUUUUCAGCACUCUUGCAGCUGUAGAUUUUUUAGCUCCAAUUGAAGAAGAAUCCAGUAUUGUCGGUAAAAAAUGGCUGGAAUGGGAAAUUACUCAAUUGCAGCCUGCUCUAGUAUCUUAUGGUGGAUCAGGAACAUUGGAUACAUCUCAUAAGCCUGGGAUAUCGUUUCUUUUAAAUGAACUGAAUGCGGCUUUGAAAGACAAAAAGUACUUAAUUAAGAGUAAUAAUGACUUAUCAGUAGUGGAUGCCUGCCUUUGGGUAACUCUUUGGAUGGCAGUCGCUAUUCCUGAAGUUAAUUUAAUGUUGAAGGAAUUCGCUCACAUAGAAAAUUGGCUGAAAGUAAUCGAUGCAAUUUCAAUAGUGCAGGAAUCACUAAAAGUUUUCAAACCUGAAAGAGGUGUCAAAGGCAUUGCAUGUAUUCAAGCAGCAUCUUGGUUCCCUCUUAAUUUGUAUACUCUUGGAAAACAAAGUAAACCAGCUAGCGAUACAAAAGCUGAAGACGAGAAGGAUAUGGACUUAAUCAGUGCUGAAGAACUUCGUUAUAUCCAAGAUAGUUGGACGACAUCUUUUUAUCGUUCAGUGGAACCUACGAAUCCUGUGUAUGGUGAAAAAUGUUUAGAUAUACCUGUUUUUCUCGAAAGAAAUGUUCUUGUGACUUCAGCUCUUCCCUAUGUGAAUAAUGUUCCUCAUUUAGGGAAUAUCAUAGGUUGUGUUCUUUCAGCAGAUAUUUUUGCCAGAUACUGCCGACAAAGAAAUUACAAUACGCUAUUUAUCUGUGGAACAGACGAGUAUGGAACAGCAACGGAGACUAAGGCUCUUGAAGAAAAAAUGACACCUCAAGAAAUCUGUGAUAAAUUUUACAGCAUUCACAAUGAUAUUUACCGCUGGUUUAAUAUCGGCUUUGAUUAUUUUGGACGAACUACUACUGCUGAACAGACAGAGAUUGUUCAGGACAUGUUUUUAAGAAUAAAAUCACAGGGGUACAUUCUGAAUGACUCUGUGGAUCAAUUAUUGUGCGAAACCUGCAAUCGAUUUUUAGCAGAUAGGUUCGUCGAAGGAACUUGUCCAGGAUGCAAAUACGAAGAUGCUCGAGGUGACCAGUGCGAUGGAUGUGGACAUCUUGUUAAUGCCACUGAAUUAAUCAAUCCGAGGUGUAAAGUUUGCAAUAACAAGCCGGUCGUCAAGGCUUCCACACAGUUUUUCCUCGAUUUACCCAAAUUGCAAGAUAAAUUAAAAGAGUGGAUCGAAAGUGUCGAUAGUAACUGGUCUUCAGUAGCGAGAGCAGUAACUAAACCGUGGCUUCGAGAUGGACUGAAACCGAGGUGCAUAACAAGAGAUUUGAAAUGGGGAAUUCCAGUUCCUUUGGAUGGAUACAGGGACAAAGUGUUUUACGUGUGGUUUGACGCUCCAUUGGGCUACAUAAGUAUUACUAAGAGAUUCACAAAACAUUAUGAACAGUGGUGGAAGCCCACGAAGGAUUCCAAUAUCCAUCUCUAUCAGUUCAUGGCGAAGGAUAAUGUUCCAUUCCACGCAAUUAUGUUUCCUGCUACGUUAUUGGCAGCUGACGAUGGAUACACGUUAGUGAAUCACAUCGCAGCAACUGAGUACCUGAACUAUGAAGACACAAAGUUUUCGAAAUCGAGAGGAAUAGGAGUCUUUGGAACAGAUGCGAUAGAAACCGGAAUUCCUGCAGACGUAUGGAGAUUCUACUUGGCCUACAUUAGGCCAGAAAGUCAAGACUCCAAUUUCUGUUGGUCUGAUCUAGCUACGAAGAACAACAGUGAACUAUUAAACAAUCUUGGUAAUUUUGUUAACAGGGCUCUUAUGUUCGUUGAGAAGAACUAUAAUUCUAAAGUACCAGCGAUGGAACCUCAGGAAGACGAUUUUACGGUUUUGGCUUUAACGCAACGUGAACUGACUAACUAUAUUCUGUGUUUCUCGAAAACAAAGAUAAGGGACGCUUUGAAACAUGUGCUUGCGAUCUCAAAACAUGGAAAUCAGUACAUGCAGUUCCAGCAACCGUGGGUGAAAAUUAAAGGCACUGAUCAAGACAAGAAAAAGGCAGGAACAGUCAUUGGAAUUUGCUGCAACCUGGCGUGUUUGCUAUCAGCACUUCUGGCUCCAUACAUGCCCAGUACAGCCCGAGAAAUAAGAGAUCAAUUAGGCAUGGAUAGAAAAGAAUACGGCUACAUUCCCGACAUUGUCACAACUAUGUUACCUGCUGGUCAUAAACUGAACAAACCAACUCCACUGUUUACCAAAAUAGAGAAUCAACAAGUAGAAGACCUUCGGAAGAAAUACGCCGGAAAACAAGAAUCGUCUCAAAAAUCUCCUGAGGAUAUCAAGACAUUAGAAGAUAAGAUCGCCAAGCAGGCCCAACUAGUCAGAGAUCUGAAAGCCAGGCAAGAUAAAAGUGUUUGGCAACCAGCAGUAGAUGUUCUCCUGAGAUUGAAAAAACAGUUGUCUAGUCUACAAACCACUGAAAGUCAACCUUCAAAACUUCCAGUAAACAAAAAAGCAGCUGCACCGUCAAUUGUUCCGGAACAAAAUGGAAGUAUUUCUAAUUCUGAAGAUAUUAAAAUAUUAGAAGCAGCCAUUGCGAAGCAAGGUCUCCUUGUCCGUGAACUAAAGUCCAAGGAGCAAAAAUCCGUGUGGCAACCACAAGUGGACUUGCUCUUAAAGCUAAAGAAGCAAUUGGCUGAUCUCACGGGGACAAGUACCAGUGACAAAAAGUCCAAAAAAAGAAAAUAAAUGGAAUAAACUAGCAAAAAUCGUCGUUUCCGCAGAAAAUACACUACCAUGCAAAAGUUCGCGGAAACCUCUUCUUUGAUCACUAAUAAAGUUUUCUUCAUUUUAAUUAUGCCAGAGCAAAAGUUUGUUCUCUUUUAAUUGUUGAACACUCUCAAAAUUCGGUAUAAAAUUAGCCUAAAAUGAAGCCAACUUGUAUAUUUUUCAAGUAGAUCGUAUCUUAAAUUUAUUUUUAUACAAUAUCGCAGCCGCUUAUAAGCAUAUAUCUAAACAAAAAAUCCCUUUUCAGUCCAAGAAUUUGAAGUUGGAAAAAUUUGAAAACAACUUAUCUGUAGG